GCAGAGGUGAGCGGCUCCGCGCAUUGCCGGCUCCCAGCAUGGUGGUCCUGAAUCCAAUGACUCUGGGAAUUUAUCUCCAGCUUUUCCUGCGCUCCAUCGUGUCCCAGCCGGCGCUCAUCAGCAGUGUCCUCCCCAUCUCAGCAGCACUCCCGGGCCUGGAUCAGAAGAAGCGGGGCGGCCACCGAGCAUGCUGCCUGCUGACGCCGCCCCCGCCGCCCCUCUUCCCGCCGCCCUUCUUCAGAGGGGGGCGCAGCACGCUUCUCUCCCCAGACGUGAAGAAUCUCCUGCUGGAGCUCGAGACCUCGCAGUCCCCCUGCAUGCAAGGCGCGCUUGGCUCCCCGGGGCCCCCUGGCCCCCAGGGCCCACCUGGGAUUCCCGGCAAGACAGGACCAAAGGGAGAGAAGGGGGAGCUUGGCCGACCAGGAAGAAAGGGUAGACCCGGCCCCCCAGGUGUUCCCGGCAUGCCUGGGCCCGUUGGCUGGCCAGGCCCUGAAGGACCCAGGGGUGAAAAAGGUGACCUGGGGAUGAUGGGCUUGCCAGGGUCAAGAGGACCAAUGGGCUCCAAGGGCUACCCUGGAUCCAGAGGGGAAAAGGGAUCCAGAGGCGAAAGGGGUGACCUGGGCCCCAAAGGAGAAAAGGGCUUCCCAGGAUUCCCGGGAAUGUUGGGGCAAAAGGGUGAAAUGGGUCCAAAGGGUGAGCCUGGGAUAGCGGGACACCGAGGACCCACGGGAAGACCAGGAAAACGAGGCAAGCAGGGACAGAAGGGAGACAGCGGACUCAUGGGCCCGGCCGGCAAGCCUGGGCCUCCUGGUCAACCUGGUCGCCCAGGGCCAGCAGGGCCGCCAGGGCCGCCAGGCACCCCCUCUGCAGGACAACUUGUGACGGGACCCAAGGGGGAAAGAGGCUUUCCCGGGCCUCCAGGAAGAUGUCUCUGCGGCCCGCCCCUGAAUGUGAAUAACCCUUCCUACGGGGAAUCCGCGUAUGGGCCCAGCUCCCCGCGAGUUCCUGUGAUCUUUGUGGUCAACAACCAGGAGGAGCUGGAGAGGCUGAGCACCCAGAACGCCAUUGCCUUCCGCAGAGACCAGAGGUCGCUGUACUUCAAGGACAGCCUUGGCUGGCUCCCCAUCCAGCUCACCCCUUUCUACCCAGUGGAUUACACCAUAGACCAUCACGGCACCUGUGGGGACGGGGUCCUGCAGCCGGGGGAGGAGUGUGAUGAUGGCAACACCGAUGAGGGUGACAGCUGCAUCCGCUGUCGCCGGGCCUACUGUGGAGACGGUCACCGACACGAGGGCGUGGAGGACUGUGACGGCUCCGACUUUGGCUACCUGACCUGUGAGACCUAUCUCCCUGGGUCGUACGGGGACCUGCGGUGCACGCAGUACUGCUACAUCGACUCCACGCCCUGCCGCUACUUCACGUGAGGCCUGCCCCCCUCGCCACUGGCAGCAGCUCCGCCCUCCUCCAGCUGGUCUGCUGCUGUCCCGGGCUAGCUCCCACCAACCUUUGUGCGACACAAACAGGGACAGAUGCUCGCUACUAAGAUGUGCUUGUCACUCAUUCUGACCGGAAGAAUUUAGGACCACUGUAUCCUGUCUUAAUCUGAAGUUCUGGGAAACCUGCACGCCCACGCUGGAACUGUCCCCAUCGCUCCUACGCGGCCGGAUGGCCGGCCACCAGCUGCCCUUUCUCUUGGGGAAUGUCGCCGGCCCCGGGCCGUGGAUCGGCUUUGCACUGUUAGACCCUCUUAGACCUGUGGGGCUGCUGCGGUGUGUUCUGAUCUGUUCUGGGGAGGCCGGUGUCCAGGCCCCCCAACCUCCGGACCCCUGCACACGUGGGCAUUCCCAGCCAGAGCAAGGCCUGGGAGCCACAGGCUGAGACAGGACAUGUUCUCUUGGUGUGGCUCUCACUGCACACCCACGGAGGAUCCCCCAGCCGAGCCUCAGGUGGGCGGGGCUCCC